AUGGCCAUCACGAAGUUGAGUCUUGUUUAUCUAUCUAUCUAUCUAUCUAUCUAUCUAUCUAUCUAUUAUAGUCUAGAGACCUGUAUAUCUAUCUAUCUAGCUAUUUAUCUAUCUAUUUUGAUAUCUAUGUAUAUACCUAGAUAUUUUAUGGAGUUAAAGAGAACUUUAUCUUUAUCUAUCUAUCUAUCUAUCUAUCUAUCUAUCUAUCUCCUUCCUUUUCAUAUCUAUCUAUCUAUCUAUCUAUCUAUCUAUCUAUCUCUUUCCUUUACAUAUCUAUCUAUCUCCUUCCUUUUCAUAUCUAUCUAUCUAUCUAUCUAUCUAUCUAUCUAUCUAUCUAUCUCCUUCCUUUUCAUAUCUAUCUAUCUCCUUCCUUUUCAUAUCUAUCUAUCUAUCUAUCUAUCUAUCUAUCUAUCUAUCUCUUUCCUUUUCAUAUCUAUCUAUCUCCUUCCUUUUCAUAUCUAUCUAUCUAUCUAUCUAUCUCCUUCCUUUUCAUAUCUAUCUAUCUAUCUAUCUAUCUCCUUCCUUUUCAUAUCUAUCUAUCUAUCUCCUUCCUUUUCAUAUCUAUCUAUCUAUCUAUCUAUCUAUCUAUCUAUCUAUCUAUCUAUCUAUCUAUCUAUCUAUCUACACUCAACGACGAAUUUAUUCACCUUGUUUGCAUUUCUUUCUUUCUAUCUAUCUAUCUAUACUACUUUUCAUAUCUAUCUAUACCACUUUUCAUAUCUAUCUAUCUAUCUAAUUCUGUUCAUAUCUAUCUCAUUCUUUUCAUAUCUAUCUAUCUAUCUAUCUAAUUCUGUUCAUAUCUAUCUCAUUCUUUUCAUAUCUAUCUAUCUAUCUAUCUAUCUAAUUCUGUUCAUAUCUAUCUCAUUCUUUUCAUAUCUAUCUAUCUAUCUAUCUAUCUAUCUAUCUAUCUAA